AUGUCGACUGGCCAAAGUAUAGCGUCUCCACGCGCCCCGCGCGGCCAGCCCGCCCAGGAGAACAGCCACCAUGGCAGACAGUCACAGCGCCGGCCACGAGGCGGUCGCAACCACAACAGCAACCACAACAUCAACAGCACCAGCAACACCAGCAACACCAACAACAACAACACCAACACCAACACCAACACCAACACCAACACCAACACCAACACCAACAACACCAACACCAACAACACCAACAACACCAAUGCUAAUGCCGCCCACGCCUCGCCGAACAAGCUGCCCCUCGCCGACCCCGCGCUCUCAGAAGGCGCCGCCUACACCACCGACGAUGCCCGCGCGCCCCCAGGCCCGCGCAAUGCGAAGAAGCACGCGCGCGGAAAGCCGUCGCACGACCGCGCCUUCUCGCCCAUGGGUGCGCAGUCCUCCCUGACCGACACAGAGGCCGCCCCGAACCGCACCUCCGCCACGCCGUUGAAGAACCAAGGCGCAUACGCCGGGCCUACCUUCCACGCCUCGCCUGCGCCCUCGGCCUUGCCCAUCCCCAAGUUCCUGUCCAAGUCGGUGCCAGCCAAGACAGCCCCAGGCCCACCCACCCCGCCCCCAGACACCAGCUCGGACUCUGCCGACUCGCUGAGCCCGUCUUCCUCGCCCUCACGCGCCCCCAUGGCCAUCCCAGCUCGUCACGAGGAUUCUCCCCUGGAUAUGCUGUUCAGAGCCGACAAGGCAGAGAGGGCCAAGAACACCGCCUUCAGCCCUGUCUCGCAUCCCGUCCGGCCCCACCACCACCAGGACCACAACGUGUUUCCCAUCGAGCUCGAGGGCGACUGCACGAAUUCGCACAUGUCUCCGCCUCCAUUCCACUCACCGGGAGGCUACCGCGCUCUAACCGACCCUUCGACCGUACCGCAGCUCAAGGAUGUGCACGAGCCGAAGAACGGCAACGACGUGAUGCAGGACCUCAUGAACAGGCUGUCAAUGUCGCAGAAGAAGCCUACCGCUCCAGCUGCCACUCCGCCCAGAUCGGCAGCACACGGCCCCGGACACUUCCAGUCCCCCCACCAUACCCCUUCUCCUUUCCACAGUGGUCGACCGUCUGUCAACCGCAGCGUUUCAGGCCCUUCUACACCUGUCGCGGCCGCUCAGGACGGCCCUGAUUUCUUCUACGGAAACCGUAAUCUUUCCCCCAUGUUCAAGGCAGCGCAGGGUGAUACGCCAAAGCGCAACUCUGGUCUACGUUCUGAGGUCACCGCCGACUCUCCCACCGCUCAGCAGGGCACGUUCCAUGACUUUCCAUCCAUCCCCUCGGCAAAUGCCAUCCAACCGAAUCCCUUCCCGCAUGGCCAACCCACGAACGCUGGUCAAGACCCGGCAAACGCGCGACGCGGCUCUGUGCCAUAUGGCCAAUCCCAGCAAAGGCAGCCGAACAAGCAUGUCACGCAGACGCCUGGAAGGUAUCAACAACGCCAGGAAGGGCAGCAGCGCGCUCGAGGCAAUGUUUACGGCCCAGGUCCUAGGCGCGCUAGGCCAACCAAUGCUCCCCCAGCAUCGGCUCCCAGACCCGCCACCACUAUGAUGUCUUUUGUACCCGCCUCAGUCUCGGCGAAACCGAAACCAAAGGCCGAGCAGCAACAGCCCGCGUCUGCCCCUCCGUCUGCUGCUGCACCUACCCAAACCUCGACCCCUGAUACCUUGGCUUUAGAGCAGGACCUCAAGCGCAUGCUCAAUCUCAACGUGACUGGAGAAGGCGUCUGGUAG